UUUCCUAACACUCAACUUUGAAAUCAGAAAGAAAGAAAAGAAAGGAAACCACAUUCUUCGUACUCUCGGUAUAUAAAUAAGAGUCAGUCAAGAACUGAAGACAGCUUUUCUCGUUGAUUGAUGUGGGGGCACCAGCCAUAAUGAGGAACUCUACCUUUCCGGCAGCCACUCUCUCAGUGGUCAUUUUUCUCCUUCUCAUUCCUGAAGAUUUCUCUAUAAAAAUUAUUGGAGGAAAUCAAGUGACUCCUCAUUCAAGACCCUACAUGGUGCUGCUUCAAGGGAAAGACAUCUGUGCCGGGGCUUUGAUUGCAAAAGACUGGGUAUUGACUGCAGCUCACUGUGUCCUGAACAAAAAAUCCCAGAUCAUUCUUGGGGCUCACUCAAUAACCAAGAAAGAGCCUGAAAAACAGAUAAUGUUUGUUAAGAAAGAGGUUCCCUAUCCAUGCUAUGACCAGGACACACAUGAGGGUGAUCUUAAACUUCUAAAGCUAAACAAAAAAGCAACAAUUAAUAAAAAUGUGGCUAUCCUUCAUCUCCCUAAAGUAGGGGAUGAUGUGAAGCCCGGAACUAUGUGUCGAGUUGCAGGGUGGGGAAAGUUUCACAAUAAUUCACCUGCGUCUGAUGUUUUGAGAGAAGUCAAUGUCACUGUCAUAGACAGAAAAAUCUGCAAUGAUCAAGGGCAUUAUAAUUAUCAACCUGUGAUUGGACUGAAUAUGAUUUGUGCUGGAACACUCAAAGGUGGAAAAGACUCCUGCAAUGGAGAUUCUGGAAGCCCUUUGAUAUGUGACGGUUCCCUCAGAGGCAUCACCUCCUUUGGCAUUCCAGGGAAAUGCGGGGACCCUCGAGGACCUGGCAUCUAUACUCUUCUCUCAAAGAAAUUCCUCAACUGGAUAGUUAAGACUGUGAAGCAUGCAGUUUAGAUAAUUGUAUUUCAUUUCACUUGCUGUCACUUCUUAAUUUUAUCAUAAAUAAAACCAACUGGUAUCACUGGA